CGUCGUAGGAUCAUCGGUGCAGCAGCAGAAUCAGCAGCGGCGGCUGCGGCCGCAAGAGCAACACCAAAAUGUAGAAAAGUGUGGAAUUGCAAGGUGUUUUGGACCCAGCGAGGAGCAAGGCUGAGGCUGAGAGACUGCGGACUGCUCGCAUUAGUCCUGUUCCGUGUAAUCGCAAGGAGUUUCGCAUCGUCGCAGCAGGUGCCGCAGAAUCGUCUCGUCGACGUUAUUCAUCCCCCUUAUCCUCCUCCUCAUCGUCCCGAUGCUGGGGGUCCUGAAACGCCGCUGGAAGCCCUCGAAGAGGGCUUCCAAUGGCCGGGGCACCGAAGCUAAUCUCGGGGCGGAACUGGCUCUCGACAAACCCCGUCCGGUCGCUUCGCCGAGGCAAAUUCAUCCCUUGUACGGCGAAAAAGCCGGGCUUCUUGGGUACUGCGACUCGGUUGGUAACACAGAGACUUUUCCACCCCCGCCAAACAUCGUCGUGGAGGGUGGCAGAAUCGAGUUCGUACGCCCCUCGCAAGAUAUCGCCACGACACCGAGGAGGAACACCGUCUCAAGAGGAUCACAGACGCUGGCUGAUCAGCCCGAGAAAUCGGAUCCCGCUAAGGAAAGCCUCGAGGAACGUGUCCAGGAAUUGGAACGAACUCUGCAGGCUGAACGAGCAGCAGCCCAACGCGACCGCGCCACAAUCACGAGGCUUCAACGCCAAAUCAACAAGAGGGAGGCGACGCAGCGCGAUGUCGAACGAGAACGCCGUCAGAGAAUGGAGGCAGAAGCUCGAGUCCGCGAAGCCACGGCCGAGGCUGAACGAGCCAGAACCAGGGUACAUCAUCUUCAACGAGAACUCGUCAGAAUGGAGGAAUCUGCCAGAGGUAUUUUGCAGCAGAAACAACGUGCGGAACAGCUGAAGCAGGAAAAAACUGCUCUCACCCUAUCUUACGAGGCUCGAGUGCACCAGUACCAAACCCAGAUAUCGAAACUCCAGCUCGAGAGCGAGUCUCUUCGAGGUCAACUUCGGGGUCUGGAAGCCGCUUGCGCUGGGGAAGUCCACGCUGCCUUGGUCGCCAGGCUGGCCAACCUCGAGACCGAGCACGCGGCUCUGGCGCGGGACGCCGACGCCCAACGUCGACAGUACGAACGGUGUCUGGAUGACGUCGCCAACCAAGUCGUCCGCGCCCUCCUCUCCCAAAAGGGUCUGAGGGAGGAAAUCGGGGCUCUUCAGAGGCGCAUUCGCGAACUUGAAGCCCAGAAUCGGGCGCUCUCUGGGCUCCUCGCUCAGGCCACAAGUCCCGGAAGUCCCACCGACCUCAUUCACGGAAUCCUCGAGGCUGGACCCGCUGCUCUCGUCGCUGCCUUGAGCCUCGACGCCGCUUGGGUUCCGCUUACGCGGCCGAGGUCCUUGAACCUCCAAAUCCCCGUCAUGGCCACCGCCAAAUGUCGUAGGGCCAGGCCUUUGGGCCAGAAACCCUCGGAAGAAGAGGGCAGCGAGAGUCCGGAGAGCGGGAAUAGGGACGAGGGUUACUCGACGAUGUCGAGCGAUGUUCAGGGCGAAGGAACCCGGCAAGAACCGGCGAGAGGGUUGGAGGACCUGAAGGAAGCCACGGACGAAACGGAGGCCGACGUGUCGCCCGACGCUCGGCUCGUUACUCUCGACGCCGGGGAUCCGGACGUACUUUUUUUACCCUUAAAUCUAACCGUAGGAAUUAACCCAAGGCACAGCUAUCCACCAACCAAAGAUCUACUACCCUAUCAGCACGUGAUGCGGAGCUUUUCCGACAGCCAUCUUUGCCUCAAACUCACCACCACCGCGAGCCUUUCUCCCUACAAUAUCGCAAGUCCCUCCGGCUCAUCCGUUGUUCUCGUCGAAGAAGAGGGCUGGGAUGCUGAAUACGUCCAGCAGUGGUUGAGGUUGGACGACACCCGAAGUGCCCAGCAGCACCGCGAUCUCCUAGAACUGGAAUACGACCGAGCUGAACUUGAAGACUGGAGUUUUUCCCUGUCGACGGAGGAUCUUGCCCAGGGCGAAUCGACGUGGAAGGAACCGGCCAUCACCCCCGCCUUGCCGGCGAUAAAGGAGCAGAAUCCUCUGGAGCUCGAGGAGGACGCAAACGAGUGUUUGUGGAACGGCGCGAGCUACCUCGCGGAUCGAGCAGGUGGUGAGCUGGUGGCCCUGCUCAUGGACGCGAGAACCAGCGGACCAUGGCCAUACGCGUCGAGUCCCGGAGCCUCUUGGAGCAGCGAAGAAGGCGGUCCGGAAAACUCCAGCAAAAGAUCGUCCGCGGCGCUUUCUGGCUGCAGCGAUGAUCCGGACUCACCCUCGGUCGGUACCGAUUUCACCCGGGAUUUUUACAGGCUGGUUAAAUUCGAGAGUACGAAAAGCCUCGCGAGCACCUCGUCGAGGGGUGGAAAACCUCCGGAAAGGGAACAGGCACUGCAGAACGUUCUAUCGUUUAUCGCUGAGCAACAGAUGUACCUGGCGGAAUUACCGCAUCAUUAUCACGAUCCUGCCAACUGCAAUGAAACGCCGAAUCCAGGCGAAGCAGCGAUCGCAGCUUGCGCCGUAAGUCAGAACGAGCGAGUUUGCGAAACAGCCGAGUCGGGCUCCGGUGACAAGGAAAACGGCGGUCAUGAAAAUCCUCUGGAAAUGGAGCCAAGCGAUGAUAUUCUAGAGCAGAUAUUGGUCCCGUCUUUGGCGCCUGAUGAAAGGAUCAUCAGCACCGUUUCCUGCAACGGUGGAAUUUCCUACACAACCGUGGCUCCCUCCGAACUCGGCGCCGUUCCCGAAGAGGAUGAGGAAGCGGCCACCUCCUCGACCCCCAGUACCGUCGUGAGUCCAGCCCGAGGUCCGCUCCUGGUCGAGGGUCGAGAUCGCACUUUCAGUUUCCACGAGCGAGCAACGUCGAAGGAUGUGAUAGACGAGCUGAACAGGAUGAUCCGCAAGGGCGAGGACCAUCCGGCGUCCCAGGACGCGGCUCAGACCGUCCUCGAGAAGCUUGAUCUCGCUUGCUGUUGUCCAACGGGUUGGGUCCACGUGGAAAGAGACAUAGACUUCACGGAUCCGAAGGCCAGGGCGAAUCUGCUCGACGUUAUGUUGGCCAGCAGCGAAAGUUCCUCCGCGACAUCGAGCAGCGGAUCCGCCGGAAGUGAUUCCGGCGAUGAGCCACCCGACUAUCGUCAUCUUCACAGGCUCCAUCGGUACCGACGUCAAAAGAAAGCCUCCGCGGCCCAGGCGCAACGAGUCCUCCGCAUCCCCUCGGCUUGGGGCGCUUCGGCGAGACCCUCGAUCAUCGGCCGCGAUGACUUCUUCGUGAGGUACGGCGACAAGGAGCGCGAGGCGGUCGCCACCUUCGAUUUUCUCAACGACAUCUGCACCCUCUCAUCGCCGAGCGACUCGAACAGCAGCCUUCUCGACAUCGCCGAGUCUCCCAGCUUCAACGCCGACUGCAAGGACGACCUUAUGAAAAUUUCUCCAUUGUAAUAUAUAGAU